GCACUGAGUGGAUCCAGAUGUCUUUAAUACGUGCGACCCUGCGCUACGGUACCUCAAGAACUUACGAAAUUCAACCGUCACUGUCAAGUCUCCAAAUAUUCUUCACCUUUCCUCUUGCCUACAUACAUGUAGCCUUUCCUUCCCCAACUCCGCGAUUCUUACAUACAUAUCCAUUCACCUUUAUAAAAAAAACAUAAACAAAAAUAAAAACCAAAAAACAACGGCAACGGCAACGACAGCCACUAUAACCACAAUCUUAACCCUACCAACACCGCAAAUCAUUCCACAAUGCCCGGCCAUGUAAACGAAGAAACGGGCAAUGAGUCUCAUGCUCACCAUAUAGAGGUAGUUGAAGAAGACGCCCGAUCGGAUCGGGGAGAUAACCAACCUACCCUAGGUAGUCCUAGUUUGAGGGAUAGCAAAGGCUGGGACGGUAAACUAAGGAUUGAUCGUAACGCUACCAUCCAAAACCCCGAGGCUCUAACAGAUCCCGAAUAUUCGGAUGAGGAGAACGUGCUUGAAGGUCAAGAGAUCAGCGCUGACGAAGAUCUUCUUGAUGACGAAGAUCCCGAAACGGACGAUAUUAGUCUCACACACUCUCGAGUUGCUUCCAUCCCCGCUCUUCGAUUAGAUCGGUUUAAGAAAGUCGUGCGGUUAUGCCUACGUCAAAACCUCAUCCAGCACAUUGAGGGGCUUUCUGCCCUAGGACCCACCCUCGAAGAGCUCGACCUCUACGAUAAUCUCCUUUCCCAUAUUAGGGGAUUGGAUGACCUGGGAAAGCUCUCUACCCUCGACCUCAGUUUCAACAAGAUAAAACACAUCAAACAUAUCGACCACCUAACCGAGCUUACCGAUCUUUUCUUCGUCUCCAACAAGAUUAGUACUAUAGACGGGCUGUCGUCUCUGGCGAAGCUGCGGCAACUCGAGUUGGGCUCGAAUCGAAUCCGAGAAAUCAAGAACCUAGAUUCUCUGAAGAACCUCGAGGAAUUGUGGCUGGCCAAGAACAAAAUCACUGAACUCAAGGGCCUCGCUGGUCUUUCAAAAUUACGGCUUCUAAGUAUCCAGUCCAACCGGAUCACGGACCUUUCCCCUCUUCGCGACGUACCCCAGCUAGAGGAGUUGUACAUCUCUCACAAUGCCCUCGAAUCCCUCGACGGCCUAGACGGGAACCCUAACCUGAAAAUCAUGGAUAUUUCGAAUAACACGAUCAAGAGCUUAAAGGGCGUGGGUGGCUUGAAGAAGAUCGAGGAAAUAUGGGCAAGCUAUAAUCAAAUAUUCGACUUUGCAGACAUCGAGCGCGAAUUAUCCGACAAAAAGGAUCUGACAACAGUAUACUUUGAAGGAAACCCUGUGCAGUUGAAGCAGCCCGCCUUGUAUCGGAAUAAAGUGAGGCUGGCUCUGCCGCAAAUUCAGCAGAUAGAUGCUACUUUCGUGAAACAAGUUUAAUGAACCAUCGACUUUGGGUCAAGAUCAGGGCCAAGAUCUGCGAGGUACGAGGUAUCAAUAGGGCAUAGCAUGGCGUUUCGGUAAUAUCCAGACUAUGGAAGGCUUUUCUUGGGUGGGGCAGAGGGCUUGAUUCAUGACGACUUGCAGAGUCGCUAGAGGAAGGUUAGGCUAUUUCACACACCUUCACAAAGGAAAAGGGAAGGUGGCGAAGCAGUGUUUGGCGCUGGAUUUAUGUCAAAAGAUAUCCAUAAGCUCACGCAAAUGGGAAUUUUCAAAGUUCACGGUAUAUAUUUUAUCCCGUCGAGUAUUGACAAUUCGCGAUACAAGUGUCAGAAAAAGCCAAGUCUAGACUAGACACC